GCUCACACACUUCACAAUCACAAUUCACAUACGUAUAAAAAUAUAUAAACAUACCCACACCCAUUUCUAUUUGCCCACCCUCAAACCCCGAUCAAUUGUUCCUCCCCUUACCAUUUUCUUCUUCCAUGGAUCUCAUUCAGUCAACUCCCAUGCCUUCACCUCUUUCCCCGCCUUCCUAUUGGUGUUACCAGUGCACCAGAAUCGUCACCGUCGCCCCCGCCCACGACGCCAUCCUCUGUCCACACUGCCACGGCGGGUUCAUACAGGUCGUCGACCCCACAGAUUUCUCCCCGGAGCCACCCCGGCGUUUUGUCUCGCCGCCUAGUGGUAAUGGUUCUUCGUUCAACCCUCUUAUAGUCCUCCGCAGCCCGCCGGAGUCGGAGCCCCAACCUGCCGCCGGCGCCGGCCAGAGGAGCUACGAGCUGUACUACGAUGACGGAUCCGGGUUGGGACUCCGUCCGCUGCCUUCUACCAUGUCGGAAGCCUUACUGGGGUCUGGAUUUGAACUGAUGCUCGACCGCCUCUCACAGAUCGGGUUCAGCCUCUGGGCCCGGCCCGAAAAUCCGCCGGCCAGCAAACAAGCCGUCGCCUCGUUACCGACAGUGGAAAUCCUGCCCAGCCACGUGGACUCGGACGCGCACUGCGCCGUGUGCACGGACGCCUUUACCCUGGGAUCCGAAGCUCGCGAAAUGCCCUGCAAGCACAUAUAUCAUUCCGAUUGCAUUUUCCCGUGGCUGAAUCUCCACAACUCGUGCCCGGUCUGUCGGCACGAGCUGCCGAGCGAUGAACCAGAUGGAACUCCGGGUCGCCCCGAGGCGGUGGGGCUAACGAUAUGGAGGUUGCCCGGCGGUGGUUUUGCAGUUGGGAGGUUUGUUGGUGGAGGGGAUGGUGAGAUGCCGGCGGUUUACUCGGAAUUGGAUGGAAGUUUGAGUUUAAACGGCGGCGUAUCAAGGGGAAUUGAGUGGGGGCCUUGGAUCAGGCGGCGGAGAGGUGGUGGCGUACGUAGGUUUUUCGGUAACUUGAGUUCUAUAUUCAGAAGGGUUCGUUCGGGCUCUUCCUAUGGGGCUCCUCCAGUCACAAGGAGCGGGAGUCUUUCGGGUACGGGUACGGGUACGGGUACGGGUGGUUCGGUUUUCCGUAGGUACGUGUUGAGGAGAAAUAGGAGCAGGGAUUCGGUUCCCAUGGAGCAGUAAAAGUUGGUGAAUUAGUUCAAAUUUCAAAGGGAUUGAAUUCAGUUUUGUUAGUCAGCAUUGUAAAAAGUAAGGCACUGCACUAGAGCUUGAUGUUCAUUCCACUCCCUCUGUAAAUGAAGUCACAAUUACAUUCUUGAAAUUUGUAAUCCAACUUUGUCAUUUCUAUUUAAUUACCAAUUGGUAUUCGGA